AUGCCGAGGGACUCUCGCCGCAGCUCCAAACACCCAAAGAACCACAAACAGCCAAAGGAGGAAUGGUUCACGAUUAAGGACAUCCUACAAGAACGUCGACGCAACUCUAAUAUUGAAUAUCUGGUCGAUUGGGAAGACAACCCGGAAACCGGCGAGCGAUAUAGUCCCACGUGGGCCCCCAGCAAGGACGUGACUUCGAAAGCGAUAUUCGAUUGGAGAAGGAAGCUCGACCUCGUCUAUCAGGAGGAUCACCCCACGCCCUCAAGACAAUCUGUAUCGCAAGACGUCGAAGCUGCGGCACAAGAGGGCCCAUUGGCGCGUACUUUGUCCACCAGCUCGAUUGAGAGUAGUCAGCCCGUGCAGAUAGGGAACAAACGCAGGAGACCUCAGUCUAAGCAGCAGUCGGAAGACCCUCAGGAUCCAGAUUCGGAAUCCGACCUGAACCCACCCCAGCAGAAGCGAUACCCUAGUGAGGUUCCUUCGUUGCUAUCGUCGGCGUCAGAGGGUGACACAGAUGCCGCUUCGGAUGUUCUAAUCAACACCACGGCUAGAUUUUUCGUGGCCAUUCCGUCCAAGGCAGAUCGCGACUAUUCAGAGUAUAUCAGCAUAUCGGGCUCGCAGGGCUCGACCUCGCUUGGUUCUCAACCCAUAUCGGCUCUCGAAGACGAGGACAGUCAAGUGGUGAUUCCAGAGAAUCUCAGUCAAAGGACUAUCCCCGACUCUCAGGAAUACUCAGCAUUCAGUACCCAGGACUCGCCAUUUCCCAGCAAACAAGUAGCCUUGACUAACAACAACAACAAAGCGGGCGCCAAUACUGAGCGUGAAAUCUCGGAUUCGCAAAAGCAGUCUAGCCUCAGGACUUCCCUGAGUAAGUCUACGGAUUCCCAGGCCCGACUUCUCAGUGCACCGGAUCACCAUUCACACUUCUUUUUCCGCCGGACGCCCUUACAGUCCCCUCAUCCGGCAUCUUCUCAGGAUCGCCCACCGGAGCCAGUGUCAUCGGGCUACAUCCCUUUAACGCAGAACAGCCCUGAACCAAGUCAGGGUCCAAGCUGUGGCCUUUACCCAGCUUCACCUUUGCGUCCUCACUCCAUUGCAGGGUCUACAGCAUCGCAGCCACCUCGACACGCCUCACGUGAACACGACUCUCUGCCUUCUGUCUCUGAUAGGUCAAUUCCAUCUCAUCAGGUUGACGAGCUACGGACAGUCGAUCAGGCUGAACACUCCACAAAUCGUUUGGCUAGUGGUGGCUAUCCUCGGGAAUCACAGUCAGCCAGGACGCCUAUUUUCCUGACCCAGCCUGCCUUUGAUUUUGACACCUCAACCUCCCAGGCGUCUUCGUCGGCUAAGAGCACCUCGAGCAACUCCGAGCGACGGACACAAAACCAGAAGUGGGCGACCGAACGAAUCAUUGCCUGCUCUGAUACACACAGUCGUCCCAGCCAGAGCGCGCAAGCUGCCCAAGUUGUUCAGCCUCUCCCAGAUAUUUCGGCAAACAAGAGCAGCUCCGAAGAGCCUGUGGUCCCCGACACCGUUCGCCGAAGACCUUCACGCACGCUACGCUUUGGUGUCACACUUGCUAGCUCAGAGUCUCCUCAACUCGCUUCUUCCGAGGCUAUCGCCACUGCGUCAUCACACCGCGGCGAGGACGAGAAUACCGAGGCCGGAACUUUCCAGACUACCUUUGAAAGACGGUCACUCCCCCCUGAUCUCUCAUCACCCAAAAAAUCUCAGGAGGCCGGGAUCUCUGAUCGGCCGAUCAAUCUACCACCGGCCAUGGAUACCUCGGGCGACGAACCACUCUCGGCGAUAGAGGAGCUGAUGAGAAUCCAAGAAGCUGCGUUGCAAGGCACAUUGGCCGAGGCAGGAUUGACGAGUCCUACGACUCAAUCAGCUCUGAUUCGCGAGGAUGGCCCUUCGAUGGGUGACGCCGCCGACCUCGCUUUCUCGGCGCCUGUAGCCCACCCAUCCAUCCAAAUCAACUCGCAGCCACCUCUCACAGGAGACUGGAAUAUGGGGGAGCCAGUCACGUCGUCUACAGAUAUGCCUGGACUAUCCGGUGCACCUGUAGGGCCAACAAUGGGGCCUCUGUUCGCCGAAGAGCAUCAAACAGCGAGCAUGGGAGACAUCUUUCCCGGAAAUCUCAUGCCGCCCGAAUCAGCUGAGCAGCUGCCAAUCACCAUAUCUCCUUCAGACAUCAGCAGAUCAGUCGAGCCCGAAGAGGCCUCAAACACACUGCCUCAGCACGAUGAGCAGCCUAUGGACAUGCUGCCGGAGGACCAGACCACCGCAGGCGACCAGAGCACUGCAACUUCGCCGGAUGUUGAAGAGCCAUUUCCUUCGGGCCCCCCAACGGCGGUGGAUCAAAGUGAAUACUUGGUCACGCUCUCGUUCCCAGCCAACAUUCGUCCCUUGUAUCGGAGCACCAUCAAGGGUUACCGCCACGUCAUUGAGCAGUUCACCACGUACAUGCAGUCCGAGGACGAUGAGCCCGAUCAGAAGACGGUGGGGGCCAUUGAAAGAAUGCUCAAUGAGCUUCGCGACAUUUGCGACAUGCCUGCGCCUCUCGACGGUACUUCGAUCGAUGCCUUGUCCGCAGAAGACCUCAAGAAGCAUGCCAUGGGUACCAACAGCAAGUUCUUCUUCGUGGGCAGAUUCCUCGAGCGACUGCAGACAAGCCACAAGAGGAUCCUCAUUAUCGCGCGUGACAUCAACAUCAUUGGGUACCUCGAAGCUAUCGUCGGAACCGGGGAGAUGGCAUACUCCCUGAAGGGUCUGCAUGAGCUGGAAAGCCAGGACGAGCAUUCUCUGCUCGUUGUUAUCGUGCACUCCGAACAGCCUCUCGUUGACGACCUGAGCGACUUUGACGUUGUCAUUGGAUUCGACAACGGGGUCAUGCAAACAAACCUUUUGAACCAAUGGGCGAAGUUGAGCGGCAAGAAGCCAAUGCUGCUGAGGCUCACCACAACGUGCUCUAUUGAACAUCUGGAAUUGCUAUUGCCGGCGGAUUUUAAGGGUUUGGUGCGACAAAAUGCGCUAUGUAUCUCCGUUUGUCAGUCAAGGAAGACCGCGUAUAUGGACGAAGGAGAUACCCAGGGGGUGAUGAUUGAUCACUAUGCUGCUUCGUUUGCCAACCAAGCAAUCUUUCCUGAUCCCAGCUUCGACUGGGACCCUGAGCUUGUGCCCUCUUCCGUUCUUGAUUUGUACUCCAGCAGCCAACCUGAGAGUCAGGUGGAGGAGCUGACGACCCGCAAGCGCAAAACUGAUGGCGGUUCGCAGCAACUUGUCAAGCGCCUUCGAGUGAGCCCUCUCCCAGGACAAGACGCAGGGGACAUUGACGCGGUAGUUCAAAGCCAACUGAACCCUGACCCGUCACGCCUGCAUAUCCAAACGACGCAAGGGUACCUGGACACUCUGACGAACAAGGUAUCUGAACUCGAGCAUCAUCUAGAGGAGAAGAUUGUUUUGGAAUCCAACCUCCGAAAGCAGAUUAUCAGCCUUUCGAAGAGGGUCAAGAGCCACGAUGAGACCACCAAUAUUAUCCAGGAGGCACACAUGGCCGCGCUUCGGGAACGAGCCAAGUUCGAGGCCGAGCGCGACGAGGCGCAGAGAAAGGAAGCACAGGCCUGGGAGAAGAGCCGCCAGUGGCAAGACAAAGCACAAGCUUUGGAAGAGGAGCUCAAGGUGAAGAGUGCCACUCUUGACAAAGCCCUCGUCAAUGCCGGCACCGUCGCGACGGAGACCUUUGAGCAGAAGACGACUGAGCUUGAAAAGGCUUUGGCCAAGGUGGCGGAGCUGGAGAAGAAGCUCGAGAGUCGUGACGGCGAGCUCGGAUACGCAAGAGACGCAUACCAGACGGCCAACCAUUCCAACAGCGAGCUCUCCCGAGAGAACCGUGAGCUCAAGGAACAGGUUGCUGCGAUACAAGAGUCGGUCCCAGGUAACCUCGCGCAAGUUCUGAACGUCAAUGCCAAUGCCGGAGAGCAGGUCAAGGAGAUGCAGAGGCAGAUCGCGGAGACGAAGGCCAUCACCAAGGAUCGGGAGAAGGAGCUCGCGCGUGUGGAGAAGGAGCUUAGAGCGCUGAAGAACGGACGCAGAGAGACGAGGCAGCAAAGCGUACCCCGAAGCCCGAGAUUGAGCGUGAUGAGUCCGAGAACGGGACGCGCCGCGGGUGGUUCGGCCAGCAGAGGAGCUUCGCCCACGCAGCACGAGUCUGCCGGUGGUACGCCCGCUGGCCUGCAGUUCUUCAACACUCCGGCCAACAACAGAUGGCCCCAUUUGCGAGACUGA